GAAUCUGUCAACGCUCAAUCAAAAUUUGAACCGGGACCGAGAGGAGACCAUUGCACAGCAGCUUACGGAAAUCGUUUUUAUGUAUAUGGUGGUGAUGGGAAUGAUUCAGUAUAUAGUUGGUUUAGUUAUAUCGAAGCACCAUUCAAUGUAGCAGAUCAAAAAUGGGUUGCUAUGCCAACCGACGGAGCUCAUAAUGUUAGUAGUCCCGCAUGUGUCGUGACUGAGAAUGGUCUUUUCUAUGUAAUCGGUGGUGGACGAAAGGAAGAUGCAAAUUUUAACGGCGUUUCCGUGUAUGAUCUUACAAAAGGAACCAAUGGAAAAUGGACUGAUGUUGCGACAACUAAGCUUGAUUCACGUGCUAUAAUAGCACGUCGACAUAGUCAUAGUGCAAUAUAUGUAAAGACUACGACUGGAAACGAAAUAAUAUUCGUAUUUAGUGGUGCAUUUGAUACUGUAUUGACGAAAGAUUCUUAUAUUCUACAUCUUAAAAAUAUGACAUGGGAGAAUAUUACAAGUGAAGCGCAAUAUGCACCCCCCGCGCUUGCAUUUUCUCCUCUAGUCACCUUCAAAGAUAAUAUCUUUGUUGUAAGUGGCUCCCUAACUAUGUCUACUAAUGCGUAUUCUCGCAAUAAAAUAUGGGCCUUCAAUAUACCCACGCGCACAUGGUAUGAACCAAAUGUUUCGCCAGGAGACAAUUUUGCUGGAGCUUGGCCCGGAAAGUUAAAUGAUACAUUUUUCUUUGUUUCUGCUGGUUCGAGUUCCUUAAAUUCGAUUAUGGGAGCUUGGAACCUUAUGAAUAAUUCUUUUACAGUCUUUAAGAAUGGUUCAAUAGCACAAGGCAUUAGUCACGAUGAUUAUUCGGCUUCUCAAUUUGCUGGAAGUGAUGUACUAAUUACAUAUGGUGGUGUAAGUAAAAAAAGCUUUGACACAUUCAAUACAAGUAUCAUAGGAUCCAGAUUCACAAACGACCUGGCAAUUUUUAAUAUGACGCAGCGUGCUUGGGUAAAUGUUUGUAAUGUGCCCAUAAUUUUGCCAGUGGAUCGAUUCCCCGGUGGUGCUGUUUUAGCACCUAAUCAAGCUGACCCAUAUUAUUCCAAUUCUUCCAAGCCAGCCAGCCCAGAUGGAAGCAAUCCUGGAAGCUCGACUAACAACCCACCUACAGGACUUUACAUCGUAGCAGGAGUUGCAAUCGUUGUUAUCUUUGCUAUUGGGUGCUUUGGAUUUUGGUAUUAUCGAAGAAAAUCAAAGCCAGAACCCGUUGGAAAAGCAGAUCCACACAUAAAAAUUUCAUCAACUAUAUCAAUUUCAUCAACACUAAAAUCUGAAUCCGAUAACAAUUCGAGCUCAGAUAUCACUCAUUUAGUUCAGCGGCAUUCGAUAAAAAUUCAUCCAUCAAAUGCCGGUUCAAGAUACAAAGAUGAAGUUUUUGGUCGUCAUGAACUCACCACCAUGCUGUAUGAUAAACCUGACGUAAAUGAAACGGAACCAUCAGCUCCAACUGACGCUGUUAUUUUAGGGCGGUAUCGACUAGGAGGAAAAUCUACAAACGGCGGGAAUAACACGAUACGCCAGGCUGUCGAUAACCAAACUGAUAAGCAAGUGGCGAUUAAAUUCUUUCAAAAUUUCGAAUCUUUUAAGCGAGAAGUUGUUAUGCUCAAAUAUCUUCGCUCUCGUCAUGUCGGCGAAUUUUUAGCAUCGUACAAACUUCAUUCGAAAAACGAUUGGCCUUUUGUCUCUAUUUUGAAUUAUUAUCCACAGAGUUUAGACAGUUUUAUUUUGAGUGAAUCGUCCUCGAUGGACAUGCUAUUUAUAAAAGUUAUCAUAAAGUCUCUAACAAAUGCGAUUCAUUAUUUGCAUAUACAUAACGUUGCUCAUUUGGAUAUUAAACCUGGAAAUUUUGUGCACGAACCUGGUGAUGUCUCCAAAUGGAGAUUAAUUGACUUUGAGGCUGCUAGAUUUGUUGGGGAGGAAACAGUCGAUGAUUGCUCACCUUUAUACUGCUCACCCGAAGUAUUACAUUCGGCACUAACACAGUCUCCGGUAAUAGCAACAACCUCAAUGGACAUGUGGUCUUUAGGAUGUAUAAUCUAUGAAUUAUACACACACACCCCAUUGUUCUAUUCAUCAGAUGAAGCGAUCGAGAAAUUAACAAGAAGUUAUGCACAUGGCCAGCUAAUAGAUUUACCUUUGAACAGAAUUGCUGAUAUACAAGCGAGAAAUAUGUCAGAGAAACUUCUUACGAUAAAACCAUCAAAUCGAAUUUCAUGUGAACAAAUUCUACGUUCUGCAUUCUUAAAUUCUGGUCUAGAUACAAAACAGUUGUCUGUUUGGCAAUCAGAAUCAACUGAAAAAAUAAUCACAGUUGUCAAUGCUGUUAUAAAUAGCAUAACUGACACUAUGGAUGCCGCUAUUCCGCGUUUAUAUAUUUUAUUACCGGGUGGAGAAACGAACACGAUUUUCUACCCUAAAACUUGGGGAAAAAAUACUUUUAUUCUACAUGUUUUAUGCGAAGGACUUGAUCCUGGAAACAGGGAAGCUCAUUUUACCACACACGGUGGCUAUCCAAUUCAUGAUCCUAAACCUAUGUUGGCAAAGGCUGGUCCUUACCUUUCGAUCGUAGCAACUUUAAUUGGUGCAGGGGUUAAUCAUUUCCUUCAACUAAAAAUGCCAGAUAAUAUCAAUAGACUAAUCAGUCAAGGAACAUCAAGACCAACCGAAUAUUUCCAGCAAUUGACCAAAUUACUCGAUCAAGCGACGACAAGUCCUGAACAAAUACACGAAAUCGAAAAUGCAAAGAAAGAUCCUGUAGCUAGGAUGAAUGUUGUUCGUGGUCCUGCGCUUCGUGAAUUUCAGGCUUUUCUUGAAAAAAAUGAUCCUGCGCGGCAAUAUGGAGGAUUGCAACGCGUGGUUUUAAAUAAUGGACGAUGGCGAUGGGUGUGUCAAGAUUGUCAAGAUUGUCAUCAACGAGCUUAA